AAUGGGGGCGGACCCAGCCCGGGAGGGCAAGGGAAGGUGGUGAGUCCGGGACGUCCCUGUCUGGAGUGGAGGUUGAACCCCUGGGAUUCGCUAGGCGGCGGCGAGGCCGCGCCGGGCCUGCUGGGCCGGGCGUCCACGUAGGUCGGAGGGGCCCGUCAUGCUUACACACGCGGUGACGCGCGCCUUGCGCAAGAACAAGACCCUUCGCUACGGGGUCCCCAUGUUGUUGUUGGUUGUUGGAGGUUCUUUUGGUCUUCGUGAGUUUUCACAAAUCCGUUAUGAUGCGGUGAAGAUUAAAAUUGAUCCUGAAUUAGAAAAAAAACUGAAAAUGAAUCAAGUGUCAUUGGAAUCAGAGUAUGAGAAAAUAAAGGAGUCUGCUUUUGAUGACUGGAAGAAUAUUCGAGGACCCAGGCCUUGGGAAGAUCCUGACCUCCUCCAAGGACGAAAUCCAGAAACCCUGAAGACUAAGACAACUUGACUAUGUUGCUUCUUUUUUUUUUUUUUUUCCUUUUUUUUUUUUUUUAAUGUUACCAACUGAUUUUCCACUACAUACUCCUGUCUGGUGGAAAGAAAAUUCCAGAUCUGCAGAAGGCUGGUUGUGAGUAAUUUGGUGACAGAUAAUUAUGAUUAAAAAUCAGGUUCAAGUUUUGCUUCCCAACUCUGCCAUUUGCAAACAUAUAUUUUAUAGCACUCAAUAAAAAUGUGAACAUUGCUACUUAAAAA